UCCUGCUCAUCCUCAGUCAGCAAACAAUGUUGUUGCUGACUUGACUUUUACGUAUAAAAUUAAUUAAAAUUUCUGGUAAAAAAAAUCGUAUAAAUUUCGAAAAUUAGAAAAUAAAUAUGACCAAUACUGUAUGAUAAGCAGUACGAAGGGCUCUUAUCGAAUAGGUAAACGUACAAUCAGAGUCUAAACUGCGAAGGAAAUGGAACUUAUCAAGCAUCGUUACUGGUCGAGAUCGCCAUCCCCUCUGCCUGAAUCAAAAAUAAUGCUAGAAGACGGCGAAAUUGUCGAUGUGUGUGACGAUAAGAAACAAGGGACGCAAAGCCCGAGGGUGUCGUCGACUCAAAGCAAAUCAACGCGUGACUUGAGAGAACGACUUUUAAGCAAUUCUUACAAAAUGGCUCGUCCUUCUGAAGAUGUCGAAACACGUCGGCGAAGCCCAAGUCGAGAAGAAAAAGUUCGUGAAUCGAGACGUUCAAUUCGAAGUCGGAGCAGCAAGUCGCCAAGUCGAAGGGAAAGUCGUGAUCGAAGGACAAGAAGAACAAGAACAAGAAGCCCACAAAGUCCGGCAAGAUAUCGUCGCUCGGCGGCUCGGAGUAGAUCUAGAUCUCCGCCACGACGUUAUCAAGAUCGUCCUCGUCGCCGGACUAGGAGUCGAAGUUGGACUCCGCCAAGAAGACGUCGAUCUCCUUCUCGAACUGGCCGUGCUCGUCGGCGGUCGCCAGUCGUUCGAAUCAAACGGAUAACUUUAUUUGACAAUCAUCUCGAGAAGGAAGCAAUUGGUUACGGAAGAUCCGGUCGAUUUGCCGGGGCGGGCUACGUUGCUCCAUUUUGUCCUCGUGCUCGACGCCAACGAUGGUCAAGAAGCAUUUCUCCCGUGCGGAGGAGGUCACGGUCGCGGUCGCGAUCAAAAUCUUUACCGAGAAGGCGAUCAUCUUCCUCAUCAUCUUCAAGGCGACGGAGCUGGAGACGUAGAUCGUACACGCGAUCAAGAUCUCAUUCAAACACGCGACGCUAUCGAAGGUCAGCGUCAAGAUCACGGUCGAAUGAGAGACGCCCGUUGAAGAAAUCAAGCCCUGAGCGAAGAUCAAGAUCAAGGUCAAGGUCACAGAAAAAAUCUGUAAGCUUAGUUGACGUACAACGCGACGAAAGUAAGCAGAAGAAAUUGGAUGUUAAAAAGGCGUCUCGUUCAAAGAGCCCUGAUAAAAGGUCAAGGUCUAGGUCACAGAAAAAAUCUACAAGUCCAGUUGACGCAAAACGCGACAAAACUAAAGAGAAGAAAGUGGACGGUAAAAAGUCUCCAUCAAAGCCGACUGACGAUGAUAAUUCACGUGGAAAGAAGAAAAAAUACAGCACUUCUUCCUCUUCUUCGUCAUCAUCAGAUUCAAGUUCAAGUUCCUCCUCAGAUUCAAGUUCUUCUUCCAGCGAGGAUGAAGAAGAAGAACCCAGUAGCUAAAAUAGUUAUUCCUCCUUCUUUGACAAAUGUUCAAAUUUCAUUAUUCGACGUUGUCCAUAUAAUUUAACUAAUCAUAAGACUACUACUAAUUAAUUAUGACUAACGGGAAUCUCUCCGCGUAUGUUUUAGGAUUUUGACCAAAUUGUGUCAAUCGAUCGAUCAAAAUUUUAGUUAGGAUGAAAUUUGCGAAAGACACGAUCUCCCAAUGGGCACGUUUGGCAGAGAUAUUUGCAUCCGAAGAGGAGAAAACGGGUCACAAAGUCGACACAUUGUACACUUUCCAAAUUUACUGCGCAUUAUCUCCUCUUGGGAUGCAAAUAUCUCUGCGAAACGUGCUCAUUGGGAUAUCGCGUCUUUCGCAAAUUUCAUACUAAUUAAAUUUGUGAUUGAUUGACACGAAUUUAG